AUGAGUUAUUUAUCUCAACUUGAAUCAUUGCACUUGCAUGAUAAUAGCUUCUUAGGAGAGAUACCGGAAUCGUUGAAGAACUGCACGUCAUUGGGGCUCAUUGAUUUAGGUGAAAAUGAAUUCACAGGAGUAAUGCCACGCUGGAUGGGAGAAAUAACAACUCUAAUGGCCCUUCGUUUGAAAUCCAAUAGAAUUGUUGGCAAUAUUCCUUCACAAAUAUGUCAGCUUUCUUCUAUUAUAGUUCUGGACCUUGCCAACAAUAGUCUGUCAGGAACUAUUCCAAAAUGUUUGAAUAAUAUCAGCGCAAUGGCUGAGAUAGAUACUUUAGAUUCUGAAUAUUUUGAAGCUUUAGAGUAUGGGAAUGACUAUGGCUCCUACAUUGAGACACUCUGGUUGGUCACAAAAGGGAGGAACUCGGAGUACAGAGGCAUUCUUAAACUUGUUAGGAGCAUAGACCUUUCAAGUAACAGACUGUCUGGGCCAAUCCCUCCUCAGCUAUUAGGUCUUCAUGCAUUGCAUUUUCUGAACUUAUCUCAUAAUCACUUGAGAGGUAAGAUACCAGAGAAAAUCGGGGGCAUGACAAUGUUGGAAUCCCUUGAUCUUUCGAAAAAUUAUUUGUCAGGUGAAAUUCCUCAGAGCAUGUCUAAUUUGACAUUUCUUAAUUACUUGAAUUUGUCCUACAACAACUUGUCUGGAAUAAUCCCUUCAAGCACCAGCUUCAGAGCUUUGAUGAAGCUAGCUUCAUCGGCAAUGCUGAACUUUGUGGAGCUCCUCUCUUAG